UCUGUCACUUUCUGCCUGCAUAUUCACAUUAGGAGUUCAGGUCUUUGCUUUCCAGCAUGAAGCUAUGGGGUAUGUUUGCUGUUCUUGGGCUCCUGGUAAUGGGGACAUGGGCGCAGGGGGUGAUGCCCACCAUCGACCUUCCUCCCUGUGAUUCCCCGGAGGCUGAAGCAGCGGCUCUAGUGGCAGAGGAUUACCUUAACGCUCAGCACACCCACGGCUACAAAUAUGUCCUGAAUCGGAUUGAGAAAAUUAAGAUUAUUUCCAGUCCUGGUCAAGCAGACAAGUAUCUCUUGGAGUUGGACUUUCUGGAAACUACAUGUCACAUCUUAGAUCCUACGCCACUGAGCCAAUGCCCGGUCAGACAAAAACAUCAAACAGCAAUUGAAGCAGAUUGUGAUUUUGCCCUCUCAAAUACAACUCAAGGUCUGUCUGUGGUUGCAUUCAAAUGUAAAACGGAGACAGAGUCAGCUGAAGACAUAUGCGUAGGCUGUCCCGAGCUUAUUCCUUUAAAUGAUACAGACGGUCUCCAGCUCAUCGAAUCCUCCUUAAAUUUUUUCAAUAAAAAUCAGACUCUAAACAGUAAAUUUGCUCUUUUUGAAAUUGGACGAAUGGCAUCCCAGGUUUUCCAUGGGGGGAACAAAUACUUUGCAGAAUAUGCUAUUAUUGACACAAACUGCACAAGUUAUGAUGAUGAUUUGUGCAUCCCUCAGAAUCACACCGUCGCAAUCCAUGGCUUCUGUCUAGCUGAAGGCUCUGCUGAUCUCAAUCAAGUUGACUGCAAAAUCUUCCCUGAUACAACCCAACUCAAUACCACAGUGCGGAUCCGACAACCUCUUCAUGCACACACCUCUGGAUCUCACCACAAUCCAGCUGUACACAGCCUCAAACAUCACAAGCUGACGGUGUUCCAUGACCCUACAGUGAGCGGGCUGAUCUCAGCCGAAUCUUCUGAAUCAGUUGAGGCAGUCGUGCCAGUGGCGGCACCUGUUGUGAAAAGGGAGGUUCCUGCAGGUGUUCCUUCAGAAGAGCCGGUAGCAGAUGCAUCAGCACAUACUGAAAAACCCCCCCUCGAUUUGAAGCCAGUAGCCCUUGUGCCUAGCUGUCCUGGAAAAAAGAAGCAUUUCGCACCUGCUGAAGUUCAGUGAACUCACCUAAUUAGAUAACAACACUGAGGCACACUGGGUAAAGAUAGCUGCUUACUAAACUUGUAACUGCAAUCUGUCAGGGGCAUAUUUUUAUAUCAAAGCAGGUAAAUGUAUUUAACAGUUCUGAUGUAUUAUUUCUGUCAGAACUGUUACAUCAUGUUAAAGAAUGAUGUAUCUGUGAAGAUGUAAUAAAAUGUUUUGCUUGUUCAA